AUGAAGAAAAGCGGGAGCGGGAACAGUAUGGUUGAUAAGGGUCGGACCUUACCGGUGGAUCCCAAUCUCCCGCGAUUUCUCUGCCAGAACUGUCGCCAGAGCCUCUGCAUCGAUUCUUACGACAAAUUCUUCGCCUCCGGGCUGCAGGGUUCUUCAAUCCAUGGGACUGGUAGCGUUUUAGGUUCAACACGUGCGGACCAUUCAUUUGUCAUGUUGCCAAAGGAAAGGAAUCAGGUAGCAGGGGUCUCUCCUCGUCCUCGAGGUGGAGUAGUGCAGCCUGAUGCUACCCAGUCUGGGAAAGCAAUAGAAGAGUCAUUUGUGGUGUUACCUCCACCAGCUGCUUCAGUGUACAAAUGUGAGUUUGGAGUUGAUGGAGGCGGGUCCAAUUUGCCAUCACCUGAGGGUGGCUCAACUAAUGCUCCUUCACAACCACAUAAUUCAGGCUUUCACUCGACAAUAACUGUCCUGAAGCGCGCAUUUGAGAUUGCCACAACUCAAACACAGGUUGAGCAACCUUUGUGUCUUGAGUGCAUGCGUGUGUUAUCUGAUAAACUUGAUAAGGAGGUUGAAGAUGUGAACAGGGACAUAGAAGCCUAUGAAGCCUGCCUUCAGCGAUUGGAAGGGGAAACAAGAAAUGUUCUUAGGGAGGCUGACUUUCUUAAGGAGAAAUUAAAGAUAGAAGAAGAAGAACGGAAACUUGAAGCAGCUAUUGCAGAAACAGAGAAGCAGUGUGCAGGUGUCACUGCUGAACUGAAGGAACUAGAGUUAAAAUCUAGUCGCUUUAAAGAAUUGGAGGAGCGGUAUUGGCAGGAAUUCAAUAACUUUCAGUUUCAAUUGACCACACAUCAGGAGGAGACAGAUGCAAUUAUGGCCAAGAUUGAAGUUUCACAAGCUCAUUUAGACUUGUUGAAACAUACGAAUGUGCUCAAUGAUGCCUUCCCUAUCUGGUAUGAUGGAGAUUUUGGAACGAUUAACAACUUCCGCCUGGGAAGACUUCCUAAGAUUCCGGUUGAAUGGGAUGAGAUAAAUGCUGCAUGGGGCCAAGCUUGCCUUCUCCUCCAUACGAUGUCUCAAUAUUUCAGGCCAAAGUUUCAAUAUCGAAUUAAAAUUAUUCCCAUGGGAAGUUAUCCUCGCAUAAUGGAUAGCAGCGGCAAUACUUAUGAACUCUUUGGUCCUGUCAAUCUGUUUUGGAGUACUCGCUAUGACAAAGCGAUGACAUUGUUCUUAACCUGCCUGAAGGAGUUUGCUGAGUUUGCAAAGGCAAAGGAUGUAGAAAACAAUGUUUCUCCUGAGAAAUGUUUUAAGCUUCCGUACAAGAUUGAAAAUGACAAGGUCGAAAAUUACUCCAUUACCCAAAGCUUCAAUAAACAGGAAAAUUGGACAAAAGCUCUUAAGUACACUCUCUGCAAUUUGAAAUGGGCUCUCUACUGGUUUGUAGGGAAUACCAAUUUCCAGCCUCUAAAUGCAUCGGUCUCGCCUCACACUGCAGCAUCGGGCUCAGGCUUGCAGAACAAAAAGAAGUUGAUAGUGGAGAUUGAAAAGGCAAAAGAAGCCAGAGAUGGGAGACCAUCUGUUGGACCAGUUUACAGAAAUGUGUUGGCGAAGGAUGGAUUUAGGCCACUGGAUCAAGGUCUUGAGAGUUGCUGGGAUAUGUUUAGUGAAUCUGUAAAGAAAUACCCGAAUAACCGAAUGCUUGGUGAGCGUGAAACUGUCAAUGGGAAGACUGGUGAAUAUGUGUGGUUAACUUACAAAGAAGUUCAUGAUUUAGUUUUACAAGUUGGAGUCUCCCUUCGCAAUUGUGGUGUAGAACAGGGAGGUAGAUGUGGAAUCUAUGGUGCCAAUUGCUCGAAUUGGGUUAUAAGUAUGCAGGCUUGCAAUGCUCAUGGUCUCUAUUGUGUUCCGCUAUAUGAUACUUUAGGUGCUGGUGCAGUUGAAUAUAUCAUCUGUCAUGCGGAGAUUUCAUUAGUAUUCGUAGAGGAAAACAAGAUUUCAGAGGUGUUGAAAACAUUUCCCAACACCAAAAAAUACUUGAAAUCUCUUGUAAGCUUUGGAAAUGUUACUUUCGAACAGAAGGAGGCGGCUGGAAAUUUUGGUGUAAAAAUAUAUUCUUGGAAUGACUUUUUGCUUCUGGGAUUGAACAAGCAAUUUGAUAUUCCAAUAAAGAAGACGACGGAUAUCUGCACAAUAAUGUACACAAGUGGAACGACAGGUGAUCCAAAAGGAGUAAUGAUUUCCAAUGAGAGUAUCCUUUCUAUUGUUUCAGGAGUGAAUCACCAUCUAGAGAGCAUGAACGAAGAGUUUAGUGAGACAGAUGUAUAUUUGUCCUAUCUCCCUUUAGCUCACAUAUUUGAUCGAGUCAUUGAGGAACUCUUUAUCUCAAAAGGUGCCUCAAUCGGAUUUUGGCAUAAGGACAUUAAACAGUUGAUUGAUGACAUCAAAGAGUUAAAACCAACUGUACUGUGUGCUGUUCCUCGUGUGUUGGACAGGAUAUAUUCAGGUUUGGUAGAAAAGAUUUCUUCGACAGGGGUCAUCAAACAUGCACUGUUCAACCUUGCUUAUUCCUACAAACUGCGAAACAUGAGUAAAGGCUAUAAGCAUGUAGAAGCAGCUCCAGUAUUCGACAAAAUUGUUUUUAGCAAGGUGAAAGAAGGUCUAGGAGGGAAAUUACGUCUUAUCCUUUCUGGAGCAGCACCACUUUCUUCCAAUGUGGAAACAUUUUUACGAGUUGUGACGUGUGCUCAUGUUCUUCAAGGAUAUGGUCUAACAGAAACCUGUGCUGGAUCGUUUGUUGCACGACCAGAUGAAAUGUCCAUGAUUGGUACAGUUGGCCAGCCAUUGCCAGUUGUAGAUGUGUGCAUGGAAUCUGUUCCUGAAAUGGGGUACGACGCCCUUGCAAGUACUCCUCGUGGAGAAAUAUGUAUUAGGGGGAAGUGCUUGUUCACAGGAUACUACAAGCGGGAAGAUCUCACCAAAGAGGUCCUCGUUGAUGGAUGGUUCCAUACAGGGGAUGUUGGUGAAUGGCAGCCCGAUGGGAGCUUGAAGAUAAUUGAUCGCAAGAAAAACAUUUUCAAGCUUUCCCAAGGAGAAUACAUAUCGGUUGAGAAUCUGGAGAGCAUUUACUCUCUUGCAUAUAAUAUUGACGCGAUAUGGAUCUAUGGCAAUAGCUAUGAGUCAUUUCUUGUUGCUGUUGUCAACCCAAGUAUGGAAGCUCUUGAACAUUGGGCUGAAGCUAAUGGAAUUGCUGGAGAUUUCAAUAGCUUGUGUGAAAAUCCAAAAGCAAAAGCAUAUAUUCUUGGAGAACUGAACAAGAUCGGUAAACAAAAGAAGUUGAAGGGAUUUGAGUUUGUCAAAGAUGUCCACCUUGACCCGACACCAUUUGACAUGGAACGUGAUCUUUUGACGCCGACGUACAAGAAGAAGAGAGCCCAAUUUUUCAAAUAUUACAAGAAUGUCAUUGAAGAUAUGUACAAAACCAGCAAAUAA